AUGGCUAUAUUUGAGCGGAUCCAUCUUCUCCAAUCUAUCCUGCUUCCCAGACCAAGGACAAAUCCUGCCUGGCAGAAAGCAAAGAUGCGCUUCUCAUUUACAGCAACUGCCUUACUCUUCGGCCGUCUGACGCUUGUUUCGGCACUUCCACGUGUCCAUGUGUGGAUGGAAAGCCAGGAACAGUACGACGACAGCAGUGACAUCUGCGAUGCAGCAGACGAUACCUGUUCCUGGCGACCACCCCACCUGUCACAUCUGCAAGGAGCAGCCAUGGAUGAACUUGAUUUGCGUGAAGGCUAUUUCUUAGACGAUCAGGAGGCGAACGAGAGCAACGAAGCUGUUGUCAUUGUUAUUCAUACUCCAACACGGACCUCGAAGAACACCGUCGCUACCGCGGCUUCACCUUGCCACCUAAGAAUGGUGACUUCAGCCCAACUGCAGCUGCAGCCUCGGAAUGCAGUGCCGGAACCAUUGGAGCAGGUCGCAGACAUCCCCAAAAGCAUUCAACAGGAAGAAUCGGAGGCCCCCGUCACAGUUACCACUGCCCCUGCCCCCUUGGUAGCUUGCGGAAGAUGGGGUAGCUGCCCGGAUGGCUAUGACUGGUUUCCAUUCUUCCAGGGCUGCUUCUGCGAGCUCAAGCUCACCAAGACAAUUUCGGUUCCGAAUGGCGCUUGA